GCGAGCGGCAGUUGCUGGGGUGACGCGGCCCGGCGGGUGCUUGGGGCCAUGGCUCUGAGCGGUGCGGACGGGGACGACUCGGCUCAGGAGGAGGGUGGGAGCCGUGAGCCUGACGUGAUUGCCCAGGGAAGCGCCCUGGAGUGUUUCACGGAGGGUCCGGAGACCAGCGGCUUGAUCCGCAACCUGCGUGGCGUCUGCGGGGACCUGGUGGCUCGCGAGACGGCCGUGGAGAAGUUCAUAGUUAUAAUGGACAAAUACCAGGAGCAGCCUCACCUUUUGGAUCCACAUCUAGAGUGGAUGAUGAAUUUAUUAUUGGAUAUAGUUCGGGACAAAGAGUCUCCUCCUCCACUAGUACAUCUGGCUUUUAAAUUUCUUUACAUCAUUACUAAGGUUCGAGGAUAUAAAACUUUUCUCCGUCUGUUUCCUCAUGAAGUAGUUGAUCUACAGCCUGUGUUGGAUAUGUUUGCAGAUCAGAAUCCUAAGGACUAUGAAACAUGGGAGACUCGCUACAUACUCGUGUUAUGGCUCUCCAUGAUAUGCUUGAUUCCUUUUGAUUUGGCUCUUUUUGAUGGAAAUAUUCCUUCUGAAGAUGGGCUUGCUCGGAUACCGGUAAUGGAUCGUAUACUCAAAGUAGCAAAAUGUUAUUUGGUUGUCAGCGAUAAGGCUCGAGAUGCAGCUGCUGUACUGGUUUCAAAGUUUAUUACCCGCCCUGAUGUCAAACAAAAAAGAAUGGCAGACUUUCUGGACUGGACCCUUUCAGUGUUAUCUAAAUCCUCCUUUCAAACCAUGGAGGGGACUAUUGUAAUGGAUGGCAUGCUUCAGGCCCUGGCACAGUUAUUUAAACAUGGCAAAAGAGAAGAUUGUUUGCCAUAUGCUUCUACUGUACUUGAGUGCCUUGAUAAUUGCAAGCUUUCGGAAAGUAACCAGACGCUUCUUCGCAAGCUAGGAGUGAAACUUGUUCAGCGAAUUGGACUGACAUUUCUAAAACCAAAGGUGGCAAAGUGGAGGUAUCAACGUGGCUGUAGAUCUUUAGCUGCCAAUCUUCAGUUUUCUGCUCAGCCUCCAGCUACGCAUAAACAAGUAACAGCUGCUGGUGCUAUUGAUGAUGAUGAUGAUGAAGAAUAUGAUAUUCCAGGAGAAGUUGAGAAUGUUGUAGAACAAUUGCUGGUUGGACUGAAAGACAAAGACACCAUUGUCAGGUGGUCUGCUGCAAAAGGAAUUGGUAGAAUAACUGGACGGCUUCCAAAAGAGUUAGCAGACGAUGUGGUUGGAUCUCUACUGGACUGCUUUAGUUACCAGGAAACGGAUAAUUCAUGGCAUGGUGGAUGUCUGGCUCUGGCCGAAUUAGGCAGAAGAGGAUUGUUACUCCCUUCUCGAAUUUCUGAUGUUGUUCCUGUGAUUUUAAAGGCAUUGACAUAUGAUGAGAAGAGGGGAGCCUGCAGUGUGGGUUCCAACGUGAGAGAUGCAGCAUGCUAUGUUUCCUGGGCCUUUGCUCGUGCCUAUGAUCCCUUAGAACUGAAACCAUUUAUUAAUCAAAUCUCAAGUGCUUUGGUAAUAGCUGCAGUGUUUGAUCGUGAUGUUAACUGCAGAAGAGCUGCCUCAGCAGCCUUCCAGGAGAAUGUUGGAAGACAGGGCACUUUUCCACAUGGCAUUGACAUUCUGACUGCAGCUGAUUAUUUUGCUGUUGGUAACAGAGUAAAUUGUUUCCUUACCGUAAGUGUAUACGUUGCUGGCUUUCCUGAAUAUACACAACCAAUGAUCGAUCACCUGGUUAACAUGAAGAUCAACCACUGGGAUGGGGUUAUUCGAGAACUUUCAGCUAAGGCUCUUCAUAACCUUACUCCACAGGCCCCUGAAUAUAUGGCACAUGUGGUUUUGCCAAAAUUGCUGCCAUUAGCUGUGGGCAAUGAUUUACACAGUCGUCAUGGGGCAAUUCUUGCCUGUGCUGAGAUCACCCAUGCACUGUACAAACUAGCAGCAGAGAAUAAUAGAUCGAUUACAGAUUAUAUCAGUGAAAAAUCCUUGGAAGGUCUAAAGAGGAUCCAUCAGGAGCUUUCCAGUCGUCAGUUGUACAGAGGCCUAGGUGGAGAACUGAUGAGACCAGCUGUCUGUGCUUUAAUUGAAAAACUGUCUCUUUCAAAAAUGCCAUUUAAAGAGGAUCCCAUAAUCGGUGAUUGGCAGUGGUUGAUAAAUGACAGUUUAAGAAGUCUGUCUCAUGUUUCAAGCACAACAAGACAACAAAUAAAGGAAGCUGCUGUCUCUGCACUUGCUGCAUUGUGUAAUGAGUACUACAUCAAUGAACAGGGAGAAGCCAGUCCAGCUCUACAGGAUGAGCUGGUGAAGCAGUAUAUUUCAGAACUCCAGAACACAGAGGAAAUGAUCCGUUGUGGUUUUUCAUUAGCCCUGGGGGCCCUUCCAAGAUUUCUGUUGAAAGGCAAGCUCCAACAGAUUUUAGAUGGUUUGAAAAAAGUUGCUUCCAUCUCUCUGAAGAAUGUGCGCUUUGCAGAAUCAAGGAGAGACGCCCUGAAAGCAAUAGCAAAGGUUUGUCAGACAGUAGGUGUGAAGAGAGAAGGAUCGCAGGAUGAAUUUGUCUGCAAAGAUAAUAUUGUUCAGAUUUAUACUACAUUACUUCAUGGGAUGACUGAUUAUACUACAGAUAGCCGAGGAGAUGUUGGAGCAUGGGUACGAGAAGCUGCUAUGACAAAUCUGAUGGAGGUGAUGCUUUUGCUGGUACGGAAUGAUCCAACAUUAAUUAGUGCCAACAUUUGUCAACAAAUUAUGUGUUGCUUGGCUCAACAAUCAGCCGAAAAAAUUGAUAGAUUUCGGGCUUGUGCAGGAUCUGUGUUCCUCAAUCUUUUGCACUUCGACAGCCCUUCAAUUCCACAUAUACCUCAUCGAGAAGAGUUAGAAAGAAUAUUUCCAAGGUCAGAGACUAUAACUUUAAAUUGGAAUGCCCCCUCACAAGCCUUCCCUCGAAUCACCCAGCUUUUGGGUUUGCCAGCAUACCAGUACUACGUGUUGCUGGGUCUCACAGUGUCUGUUGGUGGGUUAACAGAAUCAACGGUUCGGUACUCUGCACAGAGCCUGUUUGACUAUAUGAAGAAAAUCCAAAAUGAUCUGGGUGCCAUGAAUAGCUUUUGUGAGACAUUGCUAAAAGUUUUUGAAGAUAACCUGCUGAAUGACAGGGUUUCUGUACCUCUGUUGAAGAUGCUGGAUCAAAUGCUGGCCAAUGGUUGCUUUGAUAUUUUCACUACUGAAGAAGACCAUCCAUUUUCAAUGAAGUUACUUAUGCUUUGUAAAGAAGAGAUCAAGAAAUCCAAAGAUAUCCAAAAACUUCGUUCCAGCAUUGCAGUGUUUUGUGGCAUGAUUCAGUUUCAAGGUGACAUGAGAAAAAAAGUUUUCUUUCAGUUGUUUCUUCUUCUUUGCCAUCCAUUUCCUAUAAUAAGGAAAACAACAGCCAGUCAAUUAUAUGAAAUGCUGAUAACAUUCAGUGAUACUGUUGAUCCUAAUAUCAUGGAUGAGGUCAUGACGAUACUUAGUGACACGAACUGGGAUGCUGAAUUACUGCUAGUGAGAGAGAAACGUAACUACCUUUGUGACCUCAUGAAGGUGCCCAAACCGCAACCGGUAACCAAGAGUGCUGCGUAAUGUGUUUAGCAUGGGCUGUUCCUUUGAAAACUGAUGUUCUUGGGUUUGUGUCAUAAAAGAGGAAGCAGCUUGCGUGGUGAUGUCUCAACAGCCUGGAUUCUCAGUAAGAGCUGCAAAAUGCGACCUUCAACCACAGUCACGUCAAGUCAAAGUCUACUUUGUGUUACACACAUUUACCACUAUGUAAAGGCAGCCAUCAGAGUUAAUUGUGUUUCCAAAUCUCACAUUCAUUAUCUGUAGCCACAAGACAGCAGUUUAACCUUGUGAUCAUAUAAUUGAACUUUUUUUUGUUUUUGAUGCUAAUGACUUGUAUUCCUUCAAAUCUAAAUUAAAGUCUCCCAUAUACAGU